UGCAUUUUAAUGCUAGAGGAAGCCUCCAGCAGAGACUCUAUAAUGGCAAAAGGAACUCCAGCUCCAAUGCUGACUUUAAUGUGCUUCCUCCUGCUGCUCAACUUUGUCGUAAAUCUGCUUGCAGACAGUUGGAUACCCAGAACUCUCCCUUGUGACGUGAGUACAAAGAAAAAUGGAUCCUCCAUUCAAUUGGACUGUAGGAAUCGCCGCCUUAAAACUGUCCCUGGAAACAUACCUUCAAAUACGACCAGUCUAAAUCUAGCAGACAAUCAGAUAAUGAAUAUUUCCAGUUCCUCCUUUUCAAAUCUCCAAUAUCUAACCAAGCUAGAUCUGAGCUAUAACUAUCAUCCUGACAGUUCAGAGGCGAGAGGCAUGAUAAUUUCAGAGGACAGUUUCUCCUCACUGGUAAAACUGCAAGAAUUGUACCUGGAUGGAAAUAACCUCCUCAACAUCCCAAAGGGUUUGCCAUCCAGCUUACGAAUUUUAAGUCUCAAUGAAAAUAAGAUUUUAAAAAUAACGAAUAAAAGCCUACCAAAUCUCUCCAACAUAGAAACACUUUAUUUGGCAAGGAACUGUUACCAUUACAACCCCUGCAAUGUCAACAUCCAUGUGGGAGAUAAGGCAUUUUCACGUUACACAAAGCUGAAGAACCUCACUCUUGACUUAAAUAAUUUGACCUCUGUUCCUGGUUACUUGCCAAAAAGUUUAAGAUCACUCCAUCUCUCUUUCAACAAGAUACAAACUAUAAAUGACAAGGAUUUCAGUCAAUUUUUUAAGCUGGAGCUCCUUGAUUUAAGUGGAAAUUGUCCCAGAUGUUACAAUACUCUUUAUCCUUGUGAACCAUGCCCUGGAGGUCUUUCUAUACAGAUACAUCCUCAUGCUUUUCGAAGUCUUGCACAAUUGAAGACAUUAUUUCUUUCCAGCAAUUCUCUAAAAGAAUUACAAAGCAGCUGGUUUCAGAACUGUACCAACUUAAAGGGCCUUUACCUUCGCUUUAAUUUCCUUACUUCUGAAAUUGCUAAUGGUGACUUUUUAAACCACUUGCCUGAACUGGAAGAACUUGAUAUAUCAUACAAUUAUAAAAUAAUGGCUUAUCCACAAAAUAUAAAGCUUUCAGAAAAUUUUUCCAAGUUAGUGUCCCUGAGGAAAUUACAUAUUGAAGGCUACGUUUUCAAAGAACUUAAUCAUCAGCAUCUGCAACCACUGUACAACCUGCAUAACCUCACCAUCCUAAACUUUGGUACAAACUUCAUUAAACAGGCAAACUUAUCGAUCUUUAAUGAAUUUAGAGCACUAAGUUUAAUAUAUCUACCAGAAAAUAGGAUAUCACCUCUAUCAGGUGAUGAAGAUCUUUUUUACGGUUCAGUUUACCGAGGUAAGCAUUUUCCUUACAUGGAAUCAGGUUUUAAAGAUCCAUAUUUACUCUUUGAAAAUGAUCAUCAGGUUUAUGAAUCACAUGAUGUUAAUGAUAAUUAUCAUAUUGAAAGACCAACAAUAAAAUGGCCUUGUCAACGUUACGGAAAAACAUUGGAUCUGAGUGCAAACAGUAUUUUCUUCAUUAACCCAAAGCAAUUUGAAGGCUUUAAUGAAGUAAGGUGCCUAAAUUUGUCAGAAAAUGCGAUUGGGCAAGCUUUGAAUGGGACUGAGUUUAUGACCCUGCCGAAUUUGAAAUAUUUAGAUCUUUCUUUUAACAGACUUGAUCCAGCUUAUGAUAAUGCUUUUAAAGAGCUGAAGCAUCUUGAAGUAUUAGACUUAAGUUACAACAAACACUACUUUGUCGUUGAAGGUGUCACACACAAAAUGGGCUUUAUCAAAAAUCUUAAAUAUUUGAAAGUUUUAAACUUAAGCAGCAAUGCCAUCUUCACCUUGACAGAAUCAGGGUUGAACAGUGGCUCACUGGAGGUUCUAGAAUUCAAAAGUAAUCGUCUGGAUAUCUUGUGGAAGAAGGAAGACAAACGUUAUAAAAAAUUAUUUAAAAAUCUAAUUAAUUUAGCACAUCUGGAUUUAUCCUCCAAUAACCUUGAGUCUAUCCCACGUCAUAUUUAUAAACACUUACCAUGUAACUUGACAUAUCUGUCUUUGAGUAAUAACAAGCUAGAAAAGGUUCAUUGGAAAGAAUUGCAAUAUUUGAAGAGUCUGCUGACCUUUGAUCUCAGUAAUAAUAAAUUAACCGCUGCACCCAAUAAACUCUACAGAAGCACCAAAUCUCUCCAAAAACUUUUACUUGGAGGAAAUAGAAUCAGUAAGCUUCCUUUAAGUUUUCUUACAACAGCAAAUAGAUUAAAAUAUCUUGAUUUAAGCUAUAACAGAAUUACAACUUUCAAUCAAUUAAUUUUCCCUGCAAGUGAAAAGCUUUUCCUGGAAGUACUGAUUUUGAAAGGGAAUCCAUUUUAUUGUACUUGUGAACUGGCGCCACUUAUUGCCUGGAUUAAUACGUGCGACCUGGAUAUUCCUCAACUGGCUACUGAUGUUACCUGCUAUUCACCUGAAGAUCAUCGGGGGCAGAGUAUUAUUCUGCUUGAUCGAUAUGCGUGUACAAUGGAUGAAGUUGAAGCUUCAUUAUGUUUGGCUUCUGCCAUUAUAAUUGUUUCCACUGUGGUUAUAAUGAUUACCCACCAUCUGUUUUACUGGGACGUACGGUACUUUUACUAUUUCUGCACCUCCCGGUUAAAAGGGCAUAGCUAUCAUUCUCUUGCAAUGCAUAACUGUUUUUAUGAUGCUUUUAUUGCUUAUGACACUUCUGAUCUGGCUGUGACAGACUGGGUUGUCAAUGAACUAUUAGUUCACUUAGAAGACAAAGGAGAAAGGAACCUUUGUUUAUGUUUGGAAGAGAGAGACUGGGGCCUAGGCUUAGCUGUUGUCGACAACCUUUCUCACAGCAUACACGGGAGCAAAAAGACUGUGUUUGUGCUCACCAGAAAUUACGUCAAGAGGGGAACAUUUAAAACGGCCUUUCAAAUGGCUCACCAAAGACUAUUGGAUGAAAGCGAAGAUGUGAUUGUUCUGAUCAUGUUAGAGCCCGUUUUAAUAAACUCAAAGUAUCUGAGACUGCGGAGAAGGCUCUGUAGCAGCUCUGUGCUGCAAUGGCCAAAAAACCCUAAAAGUGAGAAUUUUUUCUGGCAGUGCUUAAGAAACGUAAUAGAAACUGACAAUCAGUUGAGAUACAAUACAAUUGCCGAGUUCACUUAACUUCAAUUGAAUAAUUUUAUUUUUAUCCGCAGGCUGAAAAUUUAACUGUGUCUGUUUAAUUAAUUAUCCUCAACUACAUCUGGACCACCUUAAGCCCAAGUAUGUCUCCCUUCCUUGGAUUACCAGUAAUUCUAUAUUUCUCAGAAGGGAUUAAUUUAAUUAGGCACUGUUAGCUUAAUUAGUCUGUGUUCUUUGUUCAUCUUUUUUUCUUGGUUAUAAACAGUAAAACUAUCCCCUCUGACGAUACCUUUCA